AUGAUUCCCGUCAGGUUUGAUGUCAGUAUCGCUCUGGAUGAUGCGGUCUCAUGCCUAUGUGGCAUCUACUUGGACUCUCUGAGGCCAACCGAAGUCACCUCGAAGGAGUCCCUUCGUCUGUACACACGAAGCUUGCGCUCUCUUCGCAAAUCGUUGGACAUAAUGCACGUCCGCGCAGAGGCUGAAACAAUAUGUGCAUCUAUUAUCCUGCAAGCGUGCGAGCUGGUUAUGACCGACGAAGGCGGGCGAUGGAGUCAACUUUGUAUGGGAACAAAACUUCUCAUUCAAGAGCGAGGUCCCGAGGGAUUUAUUGGGACUUUCGAGCGCGCAAUGCUCGAGUCGCAGCGAGCAUGGUUUAUUCUUCAAGACGCAAGUGUCGGACAAGAAUGCUUUCUCUCACGACGACAGUGGCGCCAGUUGUUGAAGAGCUCCUCCAACCCGGUAAUCACCGAGGAGUCUGCUAGCAUCUCACUACGAUCUGAGCUUUGCGAAUUCCUUGUUGAUGUUCCAGGCCUUAUUCGUGAGGCUUCAAACACAGCAUAUCAGACUCUGAAUAGUGAUACUGACUCAACUGAACUCACAGAGCGGCGUAAGAACGCAAUUCUGCAGAUAAAAUUCGUAAAGCACGCCUUCGAAUGGUGGUAUUGCACCAAAAUCGCACCUCUGCGCUCCAUUUCGGGGGCUCUGCAGCAGGCAAAGGCUGAAAGAAACUGCAACAGGUCUCCACAGGACGAGCUCCUUCUUGCUGUCGUUGAUUGCGGGUCUAAUUCCAUCAUGAUCAAGCUAGACAUGUUGUGGGCCAGCCUCGACCCGGACCUAGAAACCCACAAAGUUGACGUUCUCGCUUAUCAAGAGGCGCAGGAGAGGCGGAAAAUGAUGAUGUAUCAGUCUUUACAAUUUGUUAGAGCAAAAUCCCUGGUCGCAGCCAAACCUCUUGAAUUUGGAUUGCGACAGUUGUGGUUGGACGCAGGAUUCAAACAGAGCAGCAAGACACGGAGCUGA